AAAAUAAAGUGUGUGAAGUACGCUCGCACAUAAUUACACCUCCAGUAUGCGUAUUGCCGUCUUUACGCAUAGCACUCAUCAUCGUACGGUUUGUAUGCGCACAUACAUGGUUAAACGGUCGGUUAUCAUACAAGUGUGCAUACGUACAUGUAUGCACACAUCUAUCCGUCUAUAUCUGUCUCUAGUGAUUCUGUCGAAAUAAAAGCAAAAAGAGUUAAGUUAAGUAUCAUGGCCGUACCAGUACAAUUGGUUUAUACGCGCGUGCAAUAACGUUCAAUUAUUUAUGAUUUAUCAUCGAUCGUGACGUGGUUUUGUCGAUUAUUGUCAAGUUAACGAAGCGCCGUCGGUGGAUCAUUAAAAAAAUUCAUAUGGAUACCCACGUGGCGAACCAGGUGAGAGAGAUAGCUACAGUUCGAUUACAACAAUAUAAACCCUAAACCAACAAGUUACUUCAUAGAUAUCGAUAUCGAUUUGACGGAACAGAAGUGCAAGUACCACAAAAUGGACGAUAGCAGUAAAGAAUCGUGUUCAUUGGCCACUGACAGUCUUCAAAAUCAAUCGCCAGGUUCGCCAUCUUCUCAUGAUGCUGAUCUCAGUAUGGGAGCCGGUGGUACCGGUGGGUCAGUUCUAGGAAUUCCUGGGUCAGGAACUGGAGUACUAUCUCAACACUGUGCUAUUUGUGGUGACAGAGCGACAGGAAAACAUUACGGCGCCGCUUCGUGUGACGGCUGCAAAGGAUUUUUCCGGCGAUCGGUCAGAAAAAAUCACUUAUACACUUGCCGAUUUAAUAGAAAUUGCGUUGUUGAUAAAGAUAAAAGAAACCAAUGCAGAUAUUGCAGGCUACGGAAAUGCUUCAAAGCCGGAAUGAAAAAAGAAGCGGUGCAAAAUGAACGCGAUAGAAUAAGCUGCAGAAGACCGAGUUAUGAAGAGCAAACCAGCAAUGGAGGUGGUCUGUCAGUGGUCUCUUUGCUGCAAGCUGAAAUGCUCAGUAGACAAGUCGGGGCGGCCUUAGAGGUCCAACAAUUAGGAAGCCCGAGUAACGAGACUGAUCUCAGUAACAAGCAGAUAGCAAACAUAAAUGACGUGUGUGAUAGUAUGAAACAGCAACUAUUAAUACUCGUUGAGUGGGCCAAGUACAUUCCGGCAUUCAGUGAACUUACUCUUGACGAUCAAGUGGCACUACUACGAGCCCAUGCCGGGGAGCAUCUUCUUCUAGGCGUUGCAAGACGUAGCAUGCACCUCAAUGAUGUUCUGCUACUUGGCAACAAUUGUAUCAUCACCAAAAGCUGCCCUGUGAUAUCAUUGCCCACAGAUGGACGUAAUCAAGACCUGGAUAUCAGCAGAGUCGGCAUACGCAUAAUGGAGGAAUUGGUGAAGCCGCUUAAUGAAGUUCAGAUUGAUGACACCGAAUUCGCUUGCCUGAAAGCUAUCGUAUUUUUUGAUCCAAACGCUAAAGGAUUGAGCGAACCGGCAAGAAUAAAACACCUGCGCUACCAAAUCCAAAUAAACCUCGAGGAUUACAUAAGCGACCGGCAAUACGACAGCCGUGGAAGAUUCGGCGAGAUAUUAUUAACGUUACCGGCACUACAGUCUAUUUCAUGGCAGAUGAUCGAGCAAAUCCAAUUUGUGAGGUUGUUCGGAGUCGCGCACAUCGACAGUUUGCUCCAGGAAAUGCUACUUGGUGGCGCGUCUGCUGAAUUGAAUGGCGCGUCGACACCCUUGCCGAUAUCAAACCCCCCGGGAAGUUAUGUAAGUAGCAAUGAAAGCCCCAGUAGCCCUUUAACGCCAGCUAACACCGGGCCUCUGAGUCCUCAAGAUCAUAUGCUGAGUGCGGGCAGUCCUGUCAUGAUUUUACGCGACUUAACUUCCAUUACUUCUCAUGAUGACAAUAAUACUGUCGCGGGGUUUCGACUUUUUAAGCAAGAGCCUAGUUUAGAAACAGAGACCAGCUUUUGACUAGAUAGUGAACAAUUGCCAGUGAUUUUAACUAAAUAAAUUUAUAAUAUAGUUAAGCAAAUUUACAGUUUUGGUGGUUAUUUAUAAUAAGAAAAUUAAUUAUUUGAGGUAAUAAUUAUAAAUAUAUAUAUAUAU